AUGUUCAUUUUCAUUUGGGCGAUCCACUUCGAGGACCUCGCGAUAUUUUACUUGGAGCAAGACUCAGUUGACAGGAGCGACGAGGUGGUAGAUGAUCUCAGAGAAAAUUGGGGAUCCAUGAAUAUUGCAAUGAUUUCGUUGAUAUUCUCCCUCACUGGUGGUGCUGACUAUGGCGACCUCAUGAAGCCGUUCCAGAUGAUCAGCCCCGCUGUCGGGUGGAUCUACAUACUCUUCGUAGUUAUGGUGUCCCUUUGUCUCCUCAACGUGCUGGUUGGCAUUUUUGUGCAGGAGUCGGAGGACAUACUUACCUGGGACCGCAGUAUAGUGUUGACGAAUGCAGUGAACAAGAAUGGUUUCACAGAAGACAUCUUGAAGCAGCUGUUUCAUGAGAUCGACAAGAACAAAACUGGGUCAAUCAGCCUGAAAGAGAUGCAGACGGCCAUCGAGCAGCCAUCCAUACGGGCGUGGUUUCUACACCUCGAGAUCGACAUGGCCACCAACGCGAAGGUUUUCUUUGAGCUCCUCGACGAAGACCUCAGCGGCUUUGUAAACGAGCAGGAGUUCGUGACUGGCUGCACCAGGCUCAAGGGCGGUGCGAAACCCCUGAGUUUGGAGAGCCUCGUGAUCGAGACUAGGAAGCUAAUGGAAGUUGUAAACCGCAUGGACGCAAAGCUGGAUGUCAGCGGCUUUACCGGGCGUGCGAUGUCUCCUCGCUAG